AUGAUGUUGCGGAAUCCGGUUAAGAUGCGAGGUGUGGAGGUUUACAAGGAUGGCUGGCUUGCUCGCAUUCAGAUUCGCGGUACUCGCUGCCGCUUCGGCAUGUUCGCGAACCAGCAAGAGGCGGCACGAGUGUACGAUAGGCUGUCAUACAAGCUUCACGGAGCGAGAGCCGUCACGAACAGCUCGAUUGACGAGGACACGAAAGCCGAGAUCGAAUCCUCCUCCCUCGAAUCAAUGCUAGCCGUGGUCCCCGCCAUAGAUCCGCAUCCGCUCUACGAAUCCGUGUGGCAGGCAGAGGGUGGCGAAGGGGAGGAGGAGGCGGCGGAGCAAUCCAUGAGCUACGACAGCGAUACUACCGCUCCCUCACCUGAUAGAAUCAGAUCCGACAGAAUCAGAUCCGAUAGGAUCACCGCUGCUGACGUUGCUCUUCCGGAGUUGCUAGUGGAGGCCGAGAGCCGUAGGCGUGUAAGUAGCAGUAGCGAGCCGUGGGCGUCGCCGUGUUCUCAGGGAUCUGGAAGGAUCUCGCGGUCCGAGGAUUCCUCAUGCGCGUGCUGCGAUACAAGGGAAUGCACUAACGCGUACAAGAGCGGAUCUCACCCAGAUCCCGCGGCUUGCGAGUGGGAUCGCCCUUCUAGGAGGUACCACGGUGCGGCCUCGUCCAACUCCGGGAGUGUACUCGGUAUAACCGGCUCCGAUUCGGGCAGCGACGAGGUUAACUGGAGCAGCGGCGGCGUGAAAAGGUCCGGCGACGGGGACUGCAACGGCAGCGGUGAUGGCGAUGGCGAUGGCGAGUGUCCCGGCAUGUUGGUGUUCACUGUGCGGAAGAAGCGGCGGAUGCGAUCUCGGCCGCACGCGUGGAGCAACGUCUCCCCGAUCAACGGUUCUCCGAUCAAGCCCUCUCCCAGCAAUGGUUCGGAACGGAUGGGUUGGACCAUAUCUCACGAGGCAGUUCGGACCGGAACGGAAAUUUUGCGUGGGGCAGAGGUUCGGAGUGAGGCAUGGGCGGAGCUUCCGAUGCAGGUGAAGGCGGAGCCAUCAGCGUCGGCGGCUAUGGAUUACGAACGCGACACGCACGAGCGCUGCGACGGCGAUUCAGGCCCGUUGCUCUGUUCCGAGGACCUCCUCUCGCGAAGCAGGGUGGCGACUGGCGCUGCUGCUCCGACCACUGCUGCCGAUACGCGCAUUACCGCCGAUUCGCCCGCUACUCCCGAUGCGCCCACGGCCUCUAGGCGGAGAGCCAGAGCGCGAGGCAGAGACGGGAGCGGCAGCAACGGCGGCGGCAGGAUCCGAAGCAGCGGCGCUAACCGGAGUAGCGCCGGCAGUCGCAGCAGCGGUGGCAGCCGGAGCAGUGGGGCCAGCAGGAGCAGGGGCGCGGUGACGACGGUGCGAGUGGAGUUCGAUCCCGCGUAUUGCUGGAAGAUCAGAGCGGAGCCCUCGUUCCCUGCGCGGCCGCGAGUCGCGGAAAGCACGCCUGCCGCUGUCCUCCAAGGCUCCAGCAGCAGCGCGACUGUAGAAGUGACCGUGGCUCUUUCCAGCUGUACUCGUUUUGAGCCGCCUCGUUACACUCCUGGGAGCAGCACCGCUGUAGCAGUGAGAGAUAUCGAGGCGGUGAACUGCGGCAGCACUGCUGUAGAGGUGCCUGUAUCUCUCUCCGGAUCCAGCCGUCCCGAGAUAAGCGUGCUUUCCCGGGUUAAGGGUUUCGGGUUUGACUUAGCGGCGCUAGGGCUUGCUGUUGGUGUGGAAGGGCGUACAGAAGGGCUUCAUGCGGAGGCGAUUUGCAAGGGAGGUGCUGGCAGUGCUGGUGGUGCUGCCAGUGCUAGUGGUGCUUCUGGUCCCUCAUGCAUGGUGUACGUUGCAUGGUGCAUGGAAGGUGUUGGAUUCUUCCGGAUGCUGUGGGUGGGGGCCAGGCAGCUGCACACGAAUCUGAACAGCUAG